AUGACUGAACCACGGGGCAUGUCUACUUUCACUGCAGAGACCAUCGCUAAGACUCGCGAUAUCGGUUAUGGUGUCUUGGCGAUAAGUCGAGAUGCCAUCUCGACCACUUCUCCAUUCUCGAUCGUAACGGUACCCUCAUCCAUCAAACCUUUCUUCGUUGAGUCGAAUAUCAUGACCUCACGAGAACUUCCGGAUAUUGUAAACAAAGCUGCGCCCAGCAUAUCCUACUUCACACCCGCCCAAGAACCUCCCGCGGGAACAGCAGCCGACCCGCAGUCAGAUGGGACGGCCCCUCCGAAGCUGUUCCAAUCCCUCUCUGUGCGGGGUCUGACUUUUCAUAAUCGCAUCGGACUUUCGCCGUUGUGUCAGUACUCCGGUGACGAUGGCCAUAUGACAGACUGGCAUAUGGCCCAUCUCGGGGGAAUUGCCCAGCGUGGACCCGGGUUUCUCAUGGUUGAGGCAACUGCAGUUGAACCCGAAGGUCGUAUCACCCCCGAGGAUCUGGGUUUAUGGAAAGAUUCGCAGAUCGAACCUUUGAGUCGCAUCAUUGAGUUCGUUCACAGCCAAAGCCAGCUGAUCGGGGUUCAAAUCGCCCACGCCGGCCGCAAGGCAAGCACAGUUGCCCCAUGGCUAUCCAUGAAUGACACUGCCUCCAAAAAAGUAGGCGGCUGGCCAGAUCAUGUUAAAGGCCCUACUGAUGCUCCUUUCAAUGAUCGGAACCCCACGCCCAAGGAGAUGACAAAGCAGGAUAUCGAAGACUUGAAGGUCGCAUGGGUGAGCGCAGUCAAACGAGCUGUCAAGGCGGGCGCGGACUUUGUCGAAAUCCAUAACGCCCAUGGGUAUCUACUCAUGUCAUUCCUUUCCCCUGCCGUGAACAGGAGAACGGAUGAGUAUGGUGGAAGUUUUGAAAAUCGCAUUCGCCUCAGUAUGGAAAUUGCUAAGCUGACCAGAGAGGCGGUUCCCGAGGAUAAGCCUGUGUUUCUGCGCGUAUCCGCAACCGACUGGUUAGAAGAGUCGAGGCCGUCAGAGCCCAGCUGGAAAGUAGAGGACACCGCCAAGUUUGCCCAAGUACUCGCCGAGAGCGGUUACAUUGACUUGAUUGACAUCAGCAGCGGUGGCACCCAUCAGGCGCAACAUAUCCAUGCGAAACCAGGCUUCCAAGCUCCUUUCGCCAUCGCCGUCAAACGGGCGGUUGGGGAUAAGUUGAAGGUAGGGGCAGUGGGCAUGAUUGACUCGGCCCAGCUGGCCAACUCCUUGUUGGAGAAGGAGGGUCUGGAUUUUGUCAUGGUCGGACGUGGUUUCCAAAAGAAUCCGGGGUUAGUUUGGGCUUGGGCUGAUGAUCUGAAUGUGGAGAUCUCAAUGGCUAAUCAGAUUCGAUGGGGGUUCUCUCGCCGCGGCGCUGGACCAUUCCUGAGGAAGAGACAGGCAAAGAUCUAG